ACAAUUUAAUAUCCAUCAAAAGACAUUGCUCUAUAAUGUUCUCGUCUGGAUUAUGUUUUAACAUGAAGAUAAUACUGUAACUAUAGAAGAGUGACGAGUCCGUGAAGCAAACUCCCAACACAAAUCCUGAGGAUAGCUUUGUCUGGUAACGCAAGUACUAAACAAGUCAGUUAUUUAUUGUUUUAUACAUUUAAUUCACCUAUUCUAUUAAUGCACCGUUAAUUUUCAACCCAGUGAUGCCUAGAAUUUAACUCUAAUGCUAUCACUCCCGGAGUUAAGUUCUGUCGAAUACUAAGUGUGUGUGGUUAAGGGACAUCCGAAUAUCAAAUACAGUGACAAUUUUACAAGACUAUAAAUUCACUACUCUGAUGCGAUUGAACAGAAGUAACUUAAUUAUUAUUAUUAAUGUAUGUAUCAUGGCAAACCAUCGGUCUUGCUGUUGACAUGUAAUUUGUGAAGCUGUUUGUAAAUUUUGGCAAAACAUGUGUCAGAUGCAUGAUUCAAGAGAACACAAUUAGCUCGUGUGGUCAACAUACAUUGCACAAAAUAAACAUGUUAUUGUAUUCACACGUGUUAUAGCACUAGAGUAGUGAUAUAGCCUUGUGAAAAUAUCACCGAAUUGGCUAUAUAGUUGACCAUUACCUAUAUAUAAGCACAAGACCAUAGCAGUAUGUUCCUCUUCAAUAUAUUCAAUAUAAAUGACGUCACAUAUGGGAGAAAUAUUGAAAUUUCAAAACGUUUGAAGAAAAUGAUCUCAUAUUUCGCGUAAUUUCAAUAAACAGACUAAAUAAAAUUAGAUAUAUUUGUUUUACGAAACAGUAUGGUUAGACACGUGACGAACCUUAUCACCAAAGCUCGUUAAAUUGUUUGUUAUUGUAUGGCUUACGUUUCUUUAGCCAUCAAGUUGUUAUUCGGAUGUACUUAGACAUGAUACAAAUAUCCAGUGGCACAAUGCCUUCUUAUGACAUUUGCAAUGCAUGUAACUAUAAGUAGCUCAAAAGGAUUAACUCUACAAAUAGAGUCCAUUAUUGCCUGUUGCGUCUUGACACAUAUGGUGUUUGCUUGCCUCUUCAGACCCCUGGUCAGUAUUGACAAUCCACCUCAAGUCGAAGCCGCCAUCCGGUCAGGACGGAAGUGACGUUAGCUUCGUGGUGCUAUCCACUUGAUGUACAGCGUCAGAUUGGUCACUUUUCGUUAAACAACAGGGUGAGUAGUCCUUUACCAUUCAAUACCAAACGGUACAGGUGUGGUAUAAUUCGUCUGACUAAAAGAAUAAACAACUCGCGUAUAAAUAAAGAUUAAGUCGGUCAAGAAACAAACAAUAACGUCUUUCCAUCCAAAUGCGGACUAUGCUUUGGUAGCUUAUGUUGUUCCUUCAACCCGUGUGUAGACACUUGCACGAACAGUCGCUCGUGAUAUUUCACUGCACGAGAGAACAAGAUGCUAGGCUCACCUACCCCAAGCAGUAGCGGGAGUGUGACUUCACAUACGGGAUUCAAUGCUACAUCCGGUUAUAACUCAACCACAUUUUCUCUCGGAUUAAAUUUAUCUUCUGUUCAAAACGGCAGCAACUCGAACUUUUUCAAUGAUGUAGAAAGUCUCUGUUGUAAUCCGACUACAAGUACUCUUUUCCCUAGUUUUUGCGAGAAAAUGAUGCUGGCAUUCUUCUCAGAUUGGGAUAUGUACCUGGCGAGCUUUGAGUUGGAGAAACGCUCGAAGAUCGUCCUCACAGCGUUGUAUGGCGUCAUCGUGUUUACGUCGUUAGUGGGUAACUCGCUUGUGCUGCUCACCUUCGCCUUCAACCGUCAUAUGCGGUCCACCACGAAUGUGUUCAUCGUGUCUCUGGCGGUGAGCGACCUCCUCUACACACUCACAGCUGCACCAUUUGACAUAAUCGUGACAUUCACCACGUUCUGGCAAUCUGGAUCCUUUUCCUGUAAGAUGGUACCCUUCAUGAACAAUUUGUCGGUCUCCUGCAGCUCAUUGACUCUUUGUUGUAUUGCAUUUGAUAGAUUCUAUGCCAUUGUCUAUCCUUUCAAAGGGAAAAUCUUCCAAAGUCCAACGAAGGCUUUCGCACUUUUGCUGUUCGUUUGGGUUUUGUCCGUCGCUACCAGUUUGCCCAAUGCACAACAGUAUGAGCUGGUGCCGUAUCGGUCGGGCUGUCAUAUCAAGUAUCUGUGCAUGCAGCCGUUGGUGAAUGGAGUGGCAGGAGAAAUCCUCCAGACGUGGUUGUCAUUCACAUUGCUGUUUCUACUUCCUCUGAUCGUCAUGUCGGUACUAUACGGUAUCAUUAUCUAUCGCCUGUGGAUUAAACGUCCUAUCGGUUCAUCAGUCCAGCCGACCGAGAGCAAUCAGUUGAGGAUAAAGAAGAAAGCCAUCAAAAUGCUGCUUGUGGUUGUCUUCCUGUAUGUUUUGUGUUGGUUGCCUCUUCAAUGCUUCAGUAUUAUCAUUCAAAAGUCGAACGUACGUCCAACACAGUCCAUACGACAACUACGUAAAUUCUUACAGUGGUUGGCGGUGAGUAGUUGCUGCUACAAUCCUGUAAUAUAUACAUUAAUGAAUGAAAAAUUCCGCAGGAACUUUAUCAACGUGCUCAUGUGUAGAAGAACGAAAAUAUACCCCAUAGUGACCAACUCCAAGGUCGAGUAUCAAAACCGACAGCAUAAUAAACGGAGGGUCUUGCCUCGCCAUCCAAACGAAGUUUCGGAUGAACCACGAAGUAGGACAACUCUGGAAACACGACUGUAACAGUACCAGAAACACGAUCACAUGGAUAUAUGUUGAUGAAAGCGCUAAAUUGAAACUUGGGGUUAACAAUGAAUCUAUUCGAUGGAAGGCGAGAGUGUUGUGACCAUGGAAUAAGAUUGGAGCAUAAGUCGUUCGUGAGAGCUUAAGCAGUGGGUAAAUAUGGAUGUCCCGGUAUCUAGUCUUAAGGCAGGAAAUAAGCAGACAGAAUUAAGGGCAUGUUGAUAUGAACAAAGGACUCAAUAUGAUAAUAUCAUGUAGUGAGGCAGCUAAGUAUAUCCGAAUUAUGAUAAAGCAAAUGAUGUAGAAAUGUGUAAACUUUAACACGUUGGUGAAAGUAAACAAAAUAUAUUCAUAUGGUAGACCAAAUGGU